GCAAAGAUACAGUAAGAAAGAGGAAAAUGGUCGAAUAGAACGAACAACGAACGCACUUUCAUCGCGAUAUAAAACGAUCGUAAGGUUGUUCGUCGGAGAAAAACAGUUAAUUAUCGCGGGAUAGUUGGUAACGAAUCGCGAAUUGUUCGAAUGUCUUAGGAGCAUCGUUUCGUGACAAUCGGUUCGCGGCGGAGCAGAUACGGUCCGUUUCUAAAAACUCCUACCGAUUUCCAGCGUGCAUUUUCCUUUCUAUGUCAAAGGAGACUCGAGACGAUGUUCCGCGUUCGCAGCGAACGGUUAAAGCGAAGAGACUCUUUCGUUUCUUUCUUUCGUCGACUAUCGAGUAUAACCGCUUCGCGUUCUCGCCUGUUGGCUAAUUAUCGCAGAAACUGUCGUUAACGUCUCGAUUACCGGACCUCUGGACCUGAUCAUAACGCGUUUCUAUGCUUUCGGCAUAUUAUUUUCGACACGAAAUAUCGAAAUAUCGAAGCAUCGUCAAAGUCAUACGUUCUCUAGAAGGAAUGCUGUAGGAGGCAUGGGUGCUCGUCAAGGUUACGUUCUCGCAGCAUACAGGCAGGCACGGAUGCAAUUGACGCUUUGUAAUCAAGCAGGAACGUGGGACGUGAAAUUUCUCUUAUUCGAUCGAAGCUUCUUUUAACGAAUAAAUUCGUUAAGGCAAUACGACAGACGACGGAAAGAGAGAAGACAGCGAACAUGUCGGAACGGAAAGUAACCAUAAAGGGAUCGUCGUAGAUGAGCGACGAUGCAGAAGAGCGGUUUUGCUAUCCACCGAACUGACACGGCUGUCACAAGAUCUAAAAUUACGUUUAAUUUCGAGGGCGGUAUGUUGCAAUAUGCAGCCAAGCAUGCCGAGCAGAGCCACUUGGUGGAGCAAAUGAACACGAAAUAUUACUACUACACAAGAACGCAAGGUCUCUUCAGGAUAUGCUAUCCCAAAGAAAGACCACCAACCGUUCAAACCUAUCUGAGUCCUGUGGAGACCCACUGCAUGAACAUUAAUUACUUCAUCCCGGACGAAGAGAAUCUUACAAGAGGCUUUUCCGACGAUGCAAUGACUCGACUUCACAUGGGCAGAUCCGUGAUAGCUCUGUUUAUAGUGGGAUUCGUUGCCAUCUUUACGGCAUUCUGGACAGGUGUAGUAGGCUGUUGGAAGAGGUCACCAGGAAAUAUCACAGCCACCGCAAUUUUAAUGUUACUAGCAUGUCUGUUAAGCGCUAGCGGUAUGGGACUUUGGCACGGAGUGGAAUACUACGAGAAAGAGAAGAUCGUAGGCGAGGAAUAUUAUCAACAAUGGAGCAACGUUUUAAGGGACAACACGGUGCAGUGGUACGGCUGGUCGUUCUACCUUGCCUGGCUGGGGGUGGCUACGUGUUUCGGCACGAUGAUGCUAUUCCUGAUCGCGGCAUCCUGCCUGCGACGGGAGCAUGCCCGCGAACAGGCACAGAACGUCCUGAAGGACAACUCGCUAAUCUCGUACGACUGGUCGUACGUGGUCGCUUGGGUCGGCGUCGGUUGGUCGUUGGUCAGCGCGAUCUUGUUUAGCGCCGCCGCGAUUUGCUUGAGGGGCGAAAGAAUGCGCGAGGAGGCGAUGAACAUGCAGUACCUCAUGCCUGUAUAUCCGCAAAAACAACAGUACGCUUACGCCGGUUAUCCAGCACCGGCGGCAUACCCUGGACCGUACUACCACGGAUCGCAAUACGGGCCAUACAAUUAUUGAAAGGGUCCUGUGUCAUCUCUAUCGAUAAAGGAAUGUCUCGGAGCGCGGAGUGUGAAACGUGCUCGCACUGAAUAAAAUGUAAUCUGGCAAACGACGUUUCCCAGGGGAACAGUAAAAAAAAACGAAGAGUCUGAAGCUGAUCGUAAAUUCAAACGAGCCUGCGCGACCAACAAAGAAAAGGGAAAAAGGAACGAAGAUGACCCUGGGCCCCGCCCUAGACAUAAUUUAUCAUUUGUUUUUAAAUGCUACGUUAAGGACGUUCUUUGGUGCAAACUUGCGAGUCCCACGGUCUCCAGUAUCCAAUUUCUCUUUUGACAGGUGUAUCGGUUCGACUCGCGUGACAGUGAGAGAGUGAGAGAUAGAGAGAUAGAGAGAUAGAGAGAAAGAGAGACAGUUGCUCAAAAAGUUCACCUAUAAUAUUUACUUAGAACUGAGAUGAUCUAAUUUACAUAUACAUAUAAGUACAUAUGUAUUUUUCUUCUUAAAUCUAAUAUUUGUAUUUGGUAUUACCGUUCGUACGUGCUGACCGUGCUAGGACAAUAAUAAAAGUAUGUAGUUAAUGAUAAAUAGUAACGAUAAUACGCUUCGAGCAGAGAAGAGAUCGUUUGUUGCACGUUUCAUUGGCUACGUGAUCUUCCUCAGGGAAAUAACAAAUUAUUUGCUGUUCAACAUUCGCUUGAUAUAUGUAUAUCGUGAUGUUGAAUUUUUCAAUCGCAUGAACGCGUGUGGUAUGAAAUUCUCCUAGUACCUUAUCUUUCAUUAUUUUUUCUUCUUCCGACUUCACGACACUGCCUCAUCGAAUAUGUAUAUUCUCCCUUCGUUUAAAAUAUCGAACGAUAAGGAGAAAUCGGCAAAGAAAAGUUUGGCAACAUGGUGCAAGAGAAAUAUCCGUUAGUCACGUCGAUAUUAUGUAAAAAUGGGUGCAUUCGCGAAUAUUUCAUUUCGUAAUAACGAUUCGCUACACUUUCUAACGUUAGAGAUUCUCUUUUCUAUCUCUAACAACGUCGAUUCAUAAGAUUUAUUAUUACGAUAUCUUUGCAUAAGGUAUUAUUCGAGUAAUUUAUUAUGAAUCGAACCAUUUUCAACCUCUAUUUUCCGAGUUAACGUUCAUUAUUACGAUUACGUUGCGAAGAUUAGGCAAAUCGAUUAGAAUCUAAUGUAUAGUAUAAGUAUCAAGUUUUGUUUACGUACAUAAUACAUUCGAAACCGUUUAAUCCAGAAAUAAGUAUUAUAAACGAAACCUAACCCUUUAUAUACUAUGAACGGUGCGACGUAUCACUAAAAGUUAUUUAAUAUAUUUGGUACGUUAUAAACGAA